AUGCCUAAUGUCCAACAGCCUGCACUUGCAGUACCCUUCACAGAAAGACAACAAAAUCAUCUAGCAGUAUGCCCAUACAAGAGAUUGAGAAAUGGAAUAAAUUCAAUUAAUUGGGAUGACUCGGAUAGAGAGCUCCACAAUUUAAGGAGAAUUGCUGAAGAAGAGAUGCGUGCAAGAAAUAUCCAAAGUUUAAGAUAUGAAAGCUUGUGCAUGCUUCCAAAUGUUGAGUUUCCACCAGGAUUCAAAGUACCAAAAUUCAACACCUUCAAUGGCAGAGGAAAUCCCAUUACGCACUUGAAGGACUAUUGUAGCAGAUUAAUGGGAAUUGGACAAAAUGAAGCCAUACGAAUGAAGUUGUUCAUUCAGAGCCUAUCAGGGUUAGCAUUAGAUUGGUAUACGGAACAAGACUUUUGCAAAUGGUACACAUGGGAGGACAUGGCCCGCGACUUUGUAGAACAAUUCAAGUUUAACAUAGGGGUUAGUCCAAAUCUUUAUGAUAUGCGUGAGAUAGAAAGAAUGCCACAUGAGUCUUUUCAGGAAUAUGCCAUCCGAUGGAGAUUGGAAGCUUCAAAAAUACGCCCUCCAUUGCCCGAGAAUGAGUUGAUUUCAACUUUCAUCCAAAUGCAAAAGGGCAUAUAUUAUGAAAAGUUGUUAUGUGCGCGGUUACGUGACUUUUCUGAUCUAAUUCAAGUUGGAAAGCAAGUAGAAGCGGGCAUUCGAGCAGGAAAAAUUGUUGACACUUCAUCAGUACAAGCAACUUUUCAAGUUGAGACAUUCGACAACUUGCAAGACAAAAAGAAAGAAACCGACUCAGCAGUUAGGUCUACAUAUCAGCCGCAAUCACGACAGAACCAACAAGUUUCGCGUGAUCAUAUAUCUUUUCACCAACAAGGCUUUCAAUAUCAACCCGAUCAAACACAGUCUAGCUUACGACAGUCGGAGCACGUAAAAUUUCGCACUUUUACUCCUCUUGAAGAGUCAUUAACCAGCAUAUUUGAGAGAAUGAAAGCCAAGGGACUCCUGAAGCCAAAGAAAGGAUGGAUCCCUAAAAGCCUACCGCCAGAUUUUGAUUGGUCCAAGAGUUGUGCUUACCACUCUAAUAUUCUAGGUCAUGACACAGAGGAUUGCCCAGCACUUAAGCAUAAGAUCCAGAACAUGAUUGAAAAGAAUAAGAUAAGCGUGCAACAAAAUAAAUUGUGCGACAAUGAUGGCCCUCCAGUUGCAGAUGCAAUUAUUGUUACCGGUGAUCCAUCAAGAUUGGCACCGAGACAUUUGAAAAGGAAGCGUGGAACUAAGUAG